AUGAGAUAUAAUACAUUCACCGUAAAUGAACUUAUCGAUCAAGUGGUAUGCAACAAUGAUAUGGAAGAUUGUGUUAUUGGCGAAUGCCAACUAUGUUCGACUAAAUCUAUCGUCGACAUUCUUACAGAAAAAAUCAGUGUUAAUCUUGAUGAAAACUGCUCAUGGACUAUUUGGAAAAAAUUGGACAAUAGAUUUGAUCUGCAACAAGUGACAAGUUCUGUUGAAGCACUCUUAGAUCAAAUAGAAGAAAAAUGGUCCUCGUUUCUUUUACAUACAUUCUGCAAUCGAAGACAACGUGAAUAUAUUGCUAAUCUUCGUGCGCAGUCGUCAAAAACUACAUUUAUUGUAGCUCAAGUGGAUUUUUCUAUGAAUUAUAAUCUUAUUCGUCAACGUGAGGUUCAACAAGCGUUCUUCUCUCAAAAACAAGCGUCGAUCUUCACCAUUCACAUAACAAUUGGCAAAGAGCACCGUGAUAUUGCCAUAAUCAGUAAUUCUAUAGAGCAUAGUGUAGCAUUUGUCUACUGUGCUCAAAAGGUUCUUGCCGAUUAUUUGAAGAAAAACAUGCCUUUUGUUAAAAAAAUUAUUUAUGUCAGGUAA